AUGGCCCUCGGUUUCUCAUUAAUAGGCGCUGCCCUCCUGGUUCUCACUGCUGUGAUGUUCCUGGCCUGGCCACGUCGGUACCGCGGACAGGCGCCCACUGUUCAGGUCCUUGUGUUGGGCGAUGUUGGCCGCAGCCCGCGGAUGCAAUACCACGCGCUCAGCAUUGCGCAGCGUGGACAUGUACAGCUCAUCGGAUACUAUGAAUCGGACCUCUUGGAGGAGCUCGACCAGCACCCGCGUCUGACCAAAGUGCAACUGGCUCCGGCACCAGUGUUUAUUCGACGCUUGCCGUUUGUCAUUGGUGGUCCGCUCAAGGUUGUCUGGCAGAUCGUCAACUUGGUGAUAACCCUCACGUAUUUUACACGUCCAACCCGCUGGUUGCUCAUCCAAAACCCUCCGUCCAUCCCGACCCUAGCAGUCGCUGCUCUCGUCUGCUCCCUGCGAGGCACGAAGCUGCUCAUCGACUGGCACAACUACGGCUGGAGCAUCCUUGCCGGCACACGUGGAGCCAAACAUCCUUUUGUUGGUGUGUCCAAGGCCUACGAGGUCACCUUUGGGCGCCUUGGUGACGCCCACCUGGCUGUGACGGCCGCCAUGGCUGCACAGCUUCGCAAAGCGCCGUACAACCUCCCAGCCUCGGCACCCCUUGCUGUUCUACACGACCGUCCUGCCGAGCUGUUUCAGCCUGUCGAAUCUUCCACGCCUUUCCCACCGGCCGCCCGAGGACAAGAGGUCGCACGCAUUCUUGCGGGCGCAAGUGACGUUGUUGUGCGGCGGCUGCUUACAAACAAGGACGCCAAAGUGCUGGUCAGCAGCACGUCGUGGACACCCGACGAGGACUUUGAGCUGCUUCUUGACGCCCUGGUGCAGUACGUCCGGGACGUGCCCGGUGACUCGGCGAAUGGUCGGCGGCCGCCCGUGCUGGCCGUCAUCACAGGCAAAGGUCCCCAGAAGGCCAUGUACGAGCGCAAGCUGGCGCAGCUUGCCGCCGACGGCCAUCUCCCGCCAGACCAAAUCGCUGUGCGCACGGCGUUCCUGCCGAUGAAAGACUACGCCCGUCUUCUCGCGCUUGCUGAUCUGGGUGUGUGCCUCCACAUGUCCAGCUCGGGCGUGGAUCUGCCAAUGAAGGUUGUGGACAUGUUUGGCGCCGGUCUUCCCGUUGCCGCAUACUCGGACUACGAGAGCUUUGGCGAGCUGGUGCGCGACGGCGACAAUGGGCGUGGGUUCACUACGUCGGGUGAGCUGGCGGACCUCCUUGGACGUCUGUUGGACCGCCGGGACCGGGCUGAACAACAGAUGACCGAAUUAGAGAACCUUCGGCAGGGCGCUCGGAAAGAGAGUGUUCUGCGGUGGCCUGAAGAGUGGAACCGUGUCGUGGUACCAAUCUUGGAAGUGUCCGAAGCGGCUGCGUCUAAAAAGACCAAAUAG